AUUGCAGCGCCGGACUCGUGGGCGACGGCGCAGGGGUUCGUCCUUCCCGCCGUUUCGCGAUAUCCACCAAGCAAGAGUUCCCGUCGCGAGAACAAACGAGAGCGCCCCGAGAUAACGAAUGACUACGGCCAUCGCCGAGGACUGGGCCGGGACAUCGGCUCCGUCUCCCGCCAACAGAGGUGCCCGCUCGUCAGAUGCCCCUUGAAGAGUGAUGUCGCAGAACGUGUACUGAUGGGUGUUCAGUUGAUGCGCCCCGUGGAUCGAAAUCGCGAAGCUUGAAGCGACUCACGUAGCAGGCUAUAAUGAUAACCGUGGGCAGCAGAUUGGCGAGUGCGGCGCCGACCUGCAGAAGUUUCAGAAUUUCCAACAGACGGUUCCGUCAAAAGCUGAUAUACCCACCAAGUUACAGAUAUCCC